UAGUUAGUAGAUUAAGCUAUAUUUUCAUAAGAAAUUAUUUAUAUAAGUCUAUUUAUGAUUAAUAUAAACCCAAGAAACCCCAUAAUGAUUUAAGUCAUAGAGAAAAAGGAGUAAUUUCCGGUAUAGCAGGUGGUUUUGCUGCUUUAUUGACAACCCCUGCUGAAUUAAUUAAUACUAGAAUGAUUGCAGAUGGCGGUAGAUUGAAAGAAAUGAGAUUUAAUUACACUGGCUUAUUGAAUGGCCUUCAAUAAGUACUUUAAUAAGAAGGCUUAUCUGGCAUUUUCAAAGGAGGUUUCGCCAAUAUACUGAGAGCAAUAGUCCUUAAUAUCAGUUUAACAGGUCCUUAUGACUAUCUACAAGAAAAAAUGUGGAUUACUUUCGGUGAUAUGGCCUGGCUUAAAUGGGUGGCACUUAUGUGGGCUAGUUUCUGGGCUACAGCAUUUACUUUACCAUUUGAUAAUAUAAAAACUAGGCUACAAAAUUAACAUAUAAACCCUGAAUUUAAUAGACUUAAUUAUAAUGGAUGGGUUAAUGCGGUUUAAUAAGUAAUUAUUGUUGAAGGAAUUUAAGGAUUUCAUAUGGGAUUUUUCCCUUUUUAUGCCAGAACUUUUAUUUAUGGGUGGACUACUGUUUUCCUAACGGAUAAAAUCACUAGAUAGCUUAAGUAAUAGGCAGGUUUAAAGGAAUGGUAAAUUUGAGAAGGAAAAUAUUUAAAUUACAAAAGAAAUGAAUUAUAGAUUAAUUAUAA